AUGGCGACUAUCAAAGAAAUCGACGAUGCGCCUGUGGAUUCACUUGGGGAUUCUGUGACGGAGAAGGACUUGGAGGUUGCGAGACCGAGGGAGCAGCAGGAAAAAGAUGAUCUGGACUGGGAUAAUAGCCCUCAUAACCCGUUCAACUGGCCAGGCUGGAAGAAAGCAUUGCAGGUCGUGAUGCUCUCCUCAUCAGCUAUACUGGCCUCUAUCGGAACAUCAAUAAUGAGUCCAGCCCGCAAUGAGCUCAUGCAAGAAUUCAAUGUCAGCAGCACCGUCGCCCUCCUCCCUUUGACGAUGUACGUCCUCGCUCUGGGCUUCGGCCCCGUCAUCGGCGGUCCUCUGUCAGAAACCAUCGGCCGCUACACCAUCUACACUGCGAGUGUUCCCCUAGGCGCGCUCUUUACCAUAGGUGCGGGCUUUGUCCAUAACAUCGGAGGGCUGUGUUUUCUUCGUUUCAUGGCGGGAUUGUGUUGGGGCCCUGUUCUUGCUGUUGCGCCGGGGACUCUGUCUGAGACGUUCAAGCCCAAGUCAAGAGGGCCUGUUUCGGCGGUGUUUAUCCUGAUGCCGUUCUUGGGACCUGGUUUAGGACCGGUUAUAGGAGCCUUUGUGGUCAACCGUAAAGGAUGGCGCUGGACGCAGUGGACGCUCAUCUUCUUCUCCAUCCUAGCCAUGAUCGUGGCAGCAUUCGCUCAUGAGACAUUUCAUCCGGCUAUAAAGCGAAGUCUGGCCAAGAAGAAAGGUCUGAAGGUCGAUGCGCCGCCGCCGAUGGCUGCGCGGCUCAAGAUGUUUGCUCUCAUUGCUGUUGUGCGGCCUAUUCGAAUGCUUCUCUUCGAGCCCAUCACCGGAUUCAUCUGUUUAUACGUGGCAGCCGAAUUUGGAACCCUGUUCAGUUUCUUCGCCGCUGUUCCGUUCACCUUUGGGAGGGUAUACCAAUUCUCUUUGGAAGAGUCAGGCCUGGUGUUCCUAUCCAUCGUCAUCGGAUGUGUCCUCGGCCUCAUCACCGUCAUGCUCUGCGACAUCUUCCUCUACCGAAAGCAAGCAGCGAAAUAUCCACCCCACCAGAUCCCGCCCGAGCAUCGUCUGUAUCCUUCCAUGAUCGGCAGCGUGGGAUUGCCCAUCGGUCUGUCCUGGUUUGCCUGGACUGCCAGACCAGGAGUUUCCUGGGCGAGUCCCGCGGCGGCGAUGAUUGUCUUUGCGUGGGGAAACCUGUGUGUUUUUGUGAGUACAAUGCAGUACAUCACGGAUACAUACCAUGGUAGUGUUGUUGCGAGCGCUGCUGCUGCGAACAGUCUUGCGCGAUAUGGCUUUGCGGGUGUGUUUCCGCUGUUUACUAUUCAGAUGUACGAGAAGCUGGGUAUCGAUUGGGCUAGUAGUCUACUGGGGUUCAUCGCGCUGGUGUUGUUGCCAGUCCCGUGGGUAUUAUUCAAAUACGGCCCGGCGAUCAGAGCCAAGAGUUCUUAUGAGACGGUGCAGUUCAAUUGA